AUGGGGACAGAAGGCGACCGUACAAGCGCGUCCGGCUCGUCAAGUCAAGGAACACUGGCUCUCAAGGAGGGAAAGGGAGAGCAGCCUGAGUCAGCCCAGGCCUUAUACUUGGAUCUCGACACUGGUGACCAGAAUGUCAGAACCAGAGAACAUUUUUGGCAGUUCUGGAUACCGCGUGUGCCCCCUCCAGAUCCGCCCAGUGACCUGGGCAAGUCCGAGAUCUCGCCAUAUGCUACUGCCAACUUCCUGUCUUUACUGUGGUUCUCAUGGAUCACGCCUAUCAUGACUCUAGGUUACCAGCGCACUCUUCAAGCAACGGAUCUUUGGCGCCUCGACGACGAGCACUCAGCGGCAAGAUUAACAGCUCGCUUUGAGGCGGCGUGCAAGCAACGUGACGAACACGCCAGUUAUGUCAACAAAUCUCUUGCCUCCGGGGCCCUUCAGCCGUCUUUCCCGCGACGCCUAUCUUGGUAUCUCAAGUCUGCCUUCUCUUCAAAAACAAGAGCUUCUUUGGAAGAGGAUUGGCGUAAUCAGGGUCACAGUAAGGCGAGUGUGCCUCUUGCGCUCAAUGACACCCUCGGUAGAUUCUUCUGGAUUGGGGGGACCUACAAAGUCCUCGCCGACGUCGCCCAACUGAUGUGCCCUCUUCUCGUCCGCGAGAUAAUCAAUUUCGCAAAGGAGCGCGAACUGGCCGAAGAACGCGGCCUUCCCAGACCCAAUCAUUGCACAGAAUCAGUUCUUUUGGCGCUCGAUGGUGACAGGAUCGUUAGCGAGAGCCACAUUGAUAAGCUCCAUGUACAAGAGAAGCGUGGUGCUAUCCGGCAAAGCGAGGUCCAAGCUGUCCAAUUCAGACAUCGUAAACCAUGUUUCCACCGACGUCAGCCGUAUAGACACAUGCUGCCAAUGCAUGCGUCUUGGACAGCUCCGAUCCAGGUCAUGGUCUGCCUGAUCAUUCUCCUGGUUCAACUUGGCCCAUCGGCUCUAGCUGGAUUUGCCCUCUUCCUCGUUAUUGGUCCAUUUCAACAGAGGGUAAUGCAAUACCAAUUCAAGCUUCGUCAACGUGCAAUGAAGCAUACAGAUCGCCGAGCACAAACCUUGCUCGAGGCACUAGGCUCCAUGCGCAUUGUCAAGUAUUUCACCUAUGAAUCCUCGUUCUUGAAGCGUAUCGCCGAGAUACGCGAGGCGGAGCUCCGAUGGGUGAGGACCAUCCUAAAUGCAGAAUCGGCCAAUUUCGCGCUUGCUCACUCCGUACCCUACCUUGCCGCCACUCUCGCAUUCAUCACCUACACUCGCGUCAAAGAGGAGUUCGAUGUUGCGAUCAUCUUCUCUUCUCUGGCAUUGUUCCAGUUACUCCGACAACCCAUGAUGUUCCUUCCUCGUGGACUAUCGGUCAUUGCAGACGCCCGUAGCGCCUUCAACAGGCUACAAAACAUUUUCGAUGCUGAAUUGAUGUCGGGCGAAACAAUUCGCAUCGAUCCAAGCCAGGAGUGGGCAUUGGUGAUCGACAAUGCCACAUUUGAAUGGGAAGAGACUCUUUUGAAAAGGAAAGACGACUACAAGGAAAAAGAUGAAGAUGCGGAUCUUUGCCAAAGUGCGACCCCAGAGGUCCCGUUCCGAUUGAAGGAUAUCACGAUGCACGUACCCCGAGGAAGCCUGGUCGCCAUUGUAGGACGGAGGGAGAAUAUCACAUUCGGACAAGGGUUCGAUGAAGAGCGUUACUGGCGUGCUGUUGAAGAUGCUUGCCUGCUUCCAGAUUUGCAACUCUUGGCUGACGGAGACCUGACGGAGAUUGGCGAGAAGGGCGUUAAUCUUAGCGGCGGACAGAAACAGAGAAUCAACAUCGCCCGGGCUCUGUACUUCAAUGCCGACGUCGUAAUCAUGGACGAUCCGUUGUCUGCUGUUGACGCGCAUGUCGGAAAGGCUCUAUUCCAUACCGCUAUCUCGGCGCUCUCCAACCGAGGAAAGACUGUCAUACUCGUAACCCAUGCAUUGCACUUCCUCUCAUUUUGCGACUAUAUUUACACACUGGACGAUGGGGCCAUCAUAGAGCAAGGGACGUACCAGCAACUUUUGGAACAGGAUGGCGGUUUCGCCAGGCUCGAUAGAGAGUUUGGUGGGAAUGAUCUUGGUUCGCUUGCCAGAAGAGGAUCACAUGCAGAGGUCCUGGAAGAAGUACAAAACAAAUCGUCGGAAGUACACAAGAGAUCUCCUGGAAAAGGCACUCUGGAAGGUAAAUUAAUCGUCAAAGAGGUCAGGAGCACUGGCACCAUCUCGAAGAAAGUAUGGUGGGCGUACUUUGUUGCCGGACGAGGUUAUAUUACUGUCCCGCUCCUCAUUUUGGCCGGAAUUCUCAUGCAAGGAAGUCAAAUCAUCAGUUCUUAUGUCCUUGUCUGGUGGCAAGCCGAUACAUUCGACCGGUCCUUCUCAUUUUAUCAAACACUUUAUGCAGUCCUCGGUGUGUCACAAGCGAUACUGUCGUUGUUCCUAGGCGUGUCAGUCGACAUCAUCUCGUGGCUGGUAUCGCAAAACUUGCACAACAAUUCCAUUAUGAACGUCUUUCAUGCACCCAUGUCGUUUUUCGAUAGCACACCACUGGGGAGAGUCAUAGGGAUUUUUGGCAAAGAUAUUGACGUGAUUGACAACCAACUCCCUGUGUCUAUGCGGAUGUUGGUCAUGACCAUAGCUGGAGUGGUCGGCUCCGUUCUCAUUAUUGCCAUUGUGGUACCCUACUUCAUCAUCGUCGCUCUCUUCGUUGCUCUGGGAUAUAAUCUCCUUUCAUCGUUCUAUCGCGCAAGUGCUCGUGAAAUCAAAAGGCUUGGUCUUCCGACGCUGAGGAGCUAUGGUCAACUUCCGAGAUUCAUUCGCGACAAUGAAUCCCUGAUUGACCUGGAAAACCGAGCUCUAUUUCUGAGUGUCACGAACCAACGAUGGCUAACUGUGCGAUUGGACGUAUGUGGGGCUGCAUUAGUCUUCUUCGUGGCCUUCUUUUCCGUCAUCGACGCCUCCGACAUCAGUCCAGCUCUGGUUGGCUUGAUCUUGACCUUCACAACGAGUUUGACCCAGAUGUCGGGCAUGUUAAUGAGACAGACGGCAGAAGUUGAGAACUAUAUGAACGCCGUCGAGCGGGUUUCUCACUACAGUGAUAGCAACCUUAUCCCUCAAGAGGCUCCCCACGGCAAGCCAGAUACUGCACCCCCCUCAAACUGGCCGGAACGCGGAGCGAUCGAGUUCAAGGAUGUGUUUAUGCGUUACCGACCAGGGCUACCAACUGUACUCCAUGGAAUUUCAAUGUCUAUCCGAGGAGGGGAGAAAAUUGGUGUUGUGGGGAGGACAGGUGCGGGAAAGUCCUCGCUUAUCAUGGCGUUGAUGAGGAUCGUGGAAUACUCUGGUGCAAUUACCAUAGACGGGAUUGAUAUCUCCACGCUUGGCAUACAAACACUACGCAGCAAGAUAUCCAUCAUCCCACAAGAGCCUACGAUUUUCAGCGGGACAGUUCGGACGGCGCUCGACCCCUUCGCCUUGUACGAUGAUGCUCGGCUAUGGGAUGCCCUCCGAAGAUCGUUUUUAGUAGGAAGAGAACCUCCGGGCGAAGAAAAGGUCGACCAUCACUCGACCCGGAUUACUCUGGAUACUGUGCUUGAGGCAGAAGGCUCGAACCUGAGCGUUGGCGAACGAUCGCUCUUAAGCUUAGCUCGCGCUCUGGUCAAGGACACGAAGGUUGUUGUACUUGACGAGGCCACGGCCUCGGUGGACCUUGAAACCGACAAGAAGAUCCAACAAACCAUCCAAACCCAAUUCGAGGGAAAGACUCUGAUUUGUAUAGCCCAUCGCUUGAGAACGAUAUUGGGUUAUGACCGCGUUCUCGUCCUGGAUUCCGGAAAUAUCGCGGAAUUCGAUUCUCCCCUGGCCCUUUUCAACCAACUUGACGGCAUUUUCCGUGGACUGUGUCUGCGAAGUAAUAUCUCGGAAAACGAUAUACUUGCAAGCAGAGAACGUGCAUCCUAG